AUGUCCAACUACUACUGGCACAAAAAACUUGAUGAAGAGUCAUCCUAUCUGUGUGCAUUCAACACACCAUUCGGUCGAUACAAGUUCAAUCGCAUACCUUUUGGCAUAUGUUCUGCAUUGGAUGUAGCGCAGAAAAUGGUAGAUGAUGAAUUUUCUGACAUCCCUGGUGCGCACUAGCAGUACAUGAUGACAUCAUAGUCUCAGGUGCCAACACAGAAGAUCAUGACAUAGCUCUAGAAAAAGUGCUACAUCGAGCAAGAGAACGAAACAUAAAAUUCAACAAGAAGAAGAUCCAACUACGAGUCACUGAAAUGAAAUAUCUUGGCAACAUCGUUAGUGCUAAAGGAUUCACUCCUGAUCCUGAGAAGAUUAAAGCCAUUGUCGAAAUGCCUCUACCAAGGAGCAAGCAAGAUUUACAACGCCUAUUAGGAAUGGUGAACUAUCUUUCACAGUACAUACCAAACAUGUCUGAGAUCACUGCGCCACAGCGUACACUUCUCAAAAAAGACAUACAAUGGUCCUGGCACAACCAAUACCAGAAAGCACUCGAAAGAAUCAAGUAA